AUGCCAGCAAACAACAAUGAUCAGGACUUAGUACCUGAGAGCGUAGAAGGCUACACUGUUGGUGAGAAGAAGACUAUUCAAGAAUACACUAAGCUCGACGCGGAAGAUGAAAGUUUGGCGAAGUGGAAGGCGUCUUUGGGAUUGACUACUGACGAAAACGCGUACCCUGUCAAGCCAGGUGACAAGAGAAAAGUAGUGAUUGUUGAGAUGUCUCUUAAAUUUCCCGACCAGCCUGAAUUGCUGCCAAUUGUCAUCAAUUUAGAGGAUUCUUACGGUAAUACUAUUACUGGAAAGGAAAUCAAAUUUAAUAUAAAGGAAAAAUCUGUUUAUCAAUUAAACAUAAAGUUCCGUGUUCAGCAUGAGAUCAUAACUGGCUUGAAGUAUUUACAUUCCAUUAAAAAAUCUGGAAUUCGGGUUGACAAGGUUGAAGAACCGUUAGGUUCUUACGCACCCAAUACCAAGGACAAGCCUUACUAUGAAAAGGCUUUCGGGGAAGUAGAGGCACCAUCAGGGAUGUUGGCAAGAGGAAAUUACUCUGCCAUUACGAAAUUCAUUGAUGAUGAUAAAACUGUCCACUUGUCAUUCCCUUGGAGCUUCACCAUAAUAAAAAGCUAG